UGUCCACGUUUGAGGCGUACGGUUAAAACGCGAGCGUGACCGCUCUCGGGCUUCUCUCCGAUAUAACGCAGCGGUCUUUCGGUGCUCUUUCUCGCCGUCAGUCGGUUCUAGUCAGCAUGAGUUAUCCGUCUCCCACUUGCGUUCGUGAUCUUGGCAAACGUUCUUCCGUAAACGUCACGAGUAAAAAGCAUAGUAAUAACUUUAGUGCUGAAACUUUACGCAAAAUAUACGCGUGAAAUAAAACUUGAACAGAAUCAAACGGAUAAUCAUUUUUAAUUAAUUAUAUUUGGUAUAUUUUUGAAAGCGUUGCGAUCAGACAUGUCAGUCGGAUGCGAUAAUUUUCAACGAACAAACGCAGGACGAAACAGCAUGGAGAAUGACAAUGACUCUCGUCGCCGUAGCGAGUAACGGUUCUACGAAGACGUGACUGACAAGGAGUAAAAUUUUGAGUGUUUCGAAGGAACUUCGAUACGCGUUUGAGAUAACGUAAAUCCACGCUCGAGAUAUGUUCGCUCGGCCGUUUACGACGCGCCCGAUUCGCGGCGUACGAGUAACCUCGCGCGUCGGAUCGUCACGAGCGUUGCGCAACGAGCCUCGACCCUCGCGACACGAAGUCAACGAAGUGGACAUCCCAGUGCCCUGGGGCAAAGUGACUGGCAAACUAUGGGGCUCGCGCGAGAAGCAACCCAUCUUGGCCAUGCACGGCUGGCAAGACAACGCCGCGUCGUUCGACAAUCUGGCGCCUCUCCUCCUGAGGAACGCGCCGGUUCUGGCGAUCGACUUGCCCGGCCACGGGCCGUCCUCGUGGCUGCCGCCGGGACUCAUGUACACCGAAAUCGUGUACUUCCUACUGAUCAAAAGAAUCCAGAAGUACUUCGGAUGGCGGAGGAUCAAGCUGAUGGGGCACUCCCUGAGCGCGAUGACGGCGUACUGGUACGCCGGGAUCUUCCCGGAGGACCUGCGCUACGUCAUAGCUCUGGACGUUUACAAGUUCCCUUCUAUACCUGCGACUGCGUAUUGCGCCCUGUUCAAGAACGGGGUCAACAUGUUUUUCAAGACGGAAGAGAACAGCGGCGUCCAACCCAGGUACACGUACGACGAGCUCAUAGAGAAGGGGAUGGCGGGCUAUGCGAACACGGUAUCCGACAUGGACGAAACGGCGUACAAGAUACUCAUGAGCAGAGGCAGUACGCAAGAGGAAGACGGAAAGUACGUCGUCAACAGGGAUCCCAGGUUGCGAGGUUUACCAAUUCAUUCCUUAAUUGAGCAAGAAUACCAGAAGGAGUACGCGAGAUCCAUCACGUGCCCGUAUCUGAUAAUAAAGGGUUCGGAUUUUUACAUCGAGAAGGAAGAAGAGUUUCACGAGGUACUAGACGUCAUGAAGAGCGUUAAUAAUAACGUGUAUUUGAAAGCUCUGCCAGUGUCCAAAGCGACGCAUCACUUUCACCUCACUCACGCGGAAGAGACAGCGGCCAUCAUCAAUCCCUUCUUGGAGAAGUACAAUUGAUCGUGGAUCGAUCCGGUUAAUCCAGGGAUGUAUUGGUACGUUGUUUGCUACAUAGAAGCGAAGAAUUGUAGGCGCUACUUAAAUAACGCAAUAUUUAUUACGAACUAUUAUAUAUUUAGCAAACGAAUACAAAACGUGCCUUAAAAUAGUUUUAUUCUCGUUAUUAAAUGUGUGUACGUGUAUGCGCCUCGAAUAAGUUUUCCUUCCUAAGCGAUGUAACAAAAAACAAAUUAUACUUUAAUCGUUCUGAAGUGGUUCGUUGCGCAAUGUCAUACGUGUGCAAUAUGAUUAUGGAUUCCAGUUUGCAUAAGAGCGAUAAGGGAUUGCGUUAGAAAAAGAAGAUCGACGAUUUGAAAUUCUCUGUUUGCAAUAAAAAGUAGCUAUUUCG